GUCUCCUUUGGACAGGAAAAAUGAAGAAAAAGAAAAGCGAAGAAGAAAACAAAAAUACAAGACAGGAGAAAUGGCGACGGAGAAGCGUCGGCGCCACCACUCACCGCCGGUUAUCACCUCCGGCGACUCCUCUUCGUCGAUCCCGACCACGUCCGUCCACUCGGCGUCCCCUCCGCUGGAUCUCCUCCCGGAUAUCGCCCGUCGGCUUACCUCCCUAGAGGACUUCUUCUCCCUCCGCGCCUCGUGCACCGCCUACCGCGCCCUUCUCCCGGCGUCCCGUGACCUCUUCGCCUCGCAAGCCCCACUCCUCCUCGUCUCCCUUUUCCCUUCCUUCUCCGAGGCGCUCUUCCACCCCCGUCUCCGCCGCGUCCACCGCUUCCGCCUUCCCUGGGGCCAUCACCUGCCCCCUUCCCGCCACACCCUCUUCUACGCCCACGGCUUCCUCGUCACUGCCACCACCGCGGCCACCCAGUACCCCCCGAGGCUCCUCCUCCUCCACCUCUUCACCGGUGAACAGCAACGACUCCCCAAGGUCCCCACCCCUUUCUCCCGCGUCAUCCUCUCUGACGACCUCCUCGCCGUGCUCUUCUUGCCUGGCAGACCGACCAUCCAGCACUGCCACCCCGGUGAUGCGCUCUGGCGUGUGGCCGCCGCUGAUACGCCCCACGUCUUUGACGAUUUGAUCUUCGUCGACAGCACCCUCUACGCCCUGGUUGGCCUCCGUCUUGCCAUACUCGAGCUGUCAGAAAGUUCGCUGGAGCUGUCGUUUCUUGGAGGAGAGUAUGAUGAGGAGACUAGGCCAGUGGGAGAGCGAUUCAUGCUCGGGGAGUGCGAGGGUGAGGUGUUGCUCAUCAGCGAGGAGCAUGGGGAGACAGUUGUGUACCGUGUUUUCCGAUGGGUGUCUGGGGAGGGGAAGUGGGCGAUGAUCACAAGCUUGGGUGGACGAACUCUGUUUUUGGGCUUCAACGGAUUCGCGGCUUGCGUUGGUCCAGGUUUACCUGAAAUUCGAGGUGAUUGCAUAUAUGCAGCUGGGCGACGCUUGGGCGAGUGGUAUGAAUAUUCCUUGGUUAAUGGAACUUGUGAUGUUUGCUACGCUGAGUAUGUGGGUGCGCCACCCCUGAACAACAAUUCACCUAUCAGGCCUCUGGUUUGGGUCUUUCCGAGCUUGAUGCAAGCAUGAGAAAGGUUACCCAGAACAUUGAAGAACUUCUUAUGCUGAUAUGAAGUAAAGAAAGGCCGUUGAUCCUACCAGCUGCAUCGCCUGCAUGCAAAUGGAUCGGCGGACGCCAACUGUGUAUGCUGUUACUGAAGGUCUUGCAGAAUACUGAUAAACCUGACGGUUGUCCUGUUUUGCCCCGCGCUUCCUAUUUUUUCUUGGUGUUGAUGUCUGGUGUUAUAUAUAGAGAACAAAAGUGUAUUAAGAGAAAAACCUGGAAACACGUUGUAUCUUCCCUACCAAUUCCUGUAACAGUUCUUGUGUGUUCACGUUGUAUGUCUACUGUCCAAGUUGUAAUGCGAGAACUUUCUUUCCCUGAUUCUUGUUGAAACUGAGCUCUGAAAUUCUUUUCCAAACAAGACCAAGUAAUGCUGUAA